UCAGCUGCUCUCACCUCCGGGGGCAGCGUCCUUCCGUUCAGGUGAGUCUGGAGUUUACCUGCUGCUGCAGGUCGAGUCCCGGGAAACCUCUGAAGCCAAAGCUCCGAGUCUCUGCACCGCGCGACGACGCGAGGGGGAUUAAAAGCUCAGCUUAAAGCAGAGGAGAAUCGUCUGCUUUAGUCAGAGGUCAGCGUGGGAACAGCUGGCACACAGCGUGGACGCGGGGAGUUGGUGUCGUGCCUUGCGUAAAAUGCGCGCUGGAGAGGGAGGCGAGCGGAGGAGAGGGACGGCGAGAGCCGAGGGAGAGCGGAACGCUUCGUGAAAGAAGGGGAGAGGAACUGUUGAUGGUUUUUCUUUCCCUCGGAUUGGUUGUUGAGAGGACAGUAGCGGAAUCUCCACGCCGGGUUUCUGCUGGAAACGACCCGCUUUCAAAGUGUUUCCGGUGAACUCCGACGCACCGCUGGCCCCUGAAACAGGUUCCAGAAAGUCUCAUCCUCACCAAAGCCACCAGGAAGCGACGAGGCACGGAGUUCAGAAGUCACAGUGGUGGAAUUCUACUUUUAAUUAAAGGUCUGAAACGCCGCCUGGAAGAGUGUUUCUGCCAUUAUUGAGACCCGAAUAAAGGACCACAUUAAAGCCAAUUUUACUCAAAAUAACUCGCCAGGAGGGAGAGGAGGGAACCGAAGACACAGUAGGGCAGAUGGCUUUCGUGCUCCAAAACAUCAACGGCUGGAUGAAUAAAACAUUUGAAGAGGGAAAGAUUCGUGACAUCUGGAAGUGAGGAACUUUUAUUUUGCUUGCUCCCCACACCACUCCGCUCGCCGUCCUCACGUUUCUGUCCCUCUGUGGACUCAGGAGUUCAGCCGGUCAGUCAAACAGACAGAAACAAGCCUGCUCUCCGACUUGUUUCUCCUUUUUAUUCUUUGUUCCACCUUGCUGUACCCCGCGCGACGCUUCGCCCCAUUCUGCUCCCAUCUUCUCCGCCAUCCGGCUCUCCGUCUCCAGCUUGGCGUGUGAUGGUGCGUCCCCUCCUCUCGGCCCUGGAGACAUGCCUGUACAGGAGAUGGCGGUGAGUCCUGUCAAGUCCCUGCACUGGGAGCAAUUCCCCCCCAUGUCGCAGCGCCGUGUCUACUGCACGCCUGUCUACCACGAGGGCCUGCUCUACGUGCUUGGGGGCUGCAGCGACACCGGCACACCCCUGGACAGUGUGGAAGUUCUGGAUGUUGAGAGCCAGACGUGGAGCCAGCUGCCCCCGCUCCCCACUGCGCGGGCGGGGGCUUCGGCCGUGGCUCUUGGGGGACAGGUGAUGGUGCUCGGAGGAAUGAACCAGCAACAGACCCCGCUGGCCUCUGUGGAAAUGUACCACCCAGACGAGGGCAAGUGGGAGACGAAGGCCAGUCUAGGUCAGCCUUCCAUGGGAGUCACCGCCGUGGAGAGAGGUAAGGCGGUGGAAUCAGUGUUUGAGACGUUAAAUGCAGCUGCUCUCUUCUGAGAAGUUGUAGGAGUUGCUUUUAUGAUUUUCGAGAUGUUAACUUUGAAUAAAAGUCUGCUGACUUUUAAAAUCAUAGUAUUGUAUUUUUGAAAGAGUAAUAAGUGAAUGAUAGCUUUGGAAAUCUUAGAACUGCCUUGACACCCGAUUAUUGGGAGGGAACUUAAGAUAAUCUUAAGAUAUUUUCCUGCUGUGUGUGGUGUGUUAGGAGUGAUCUUAUCCGCUCUGAAAGAUGUCGGGACCGCUCUGAUCUAAAAUCAAGAUCUACAAUAAGAUAUUCAACAUGUUGGAUUGUCUUGGUCCGAUAUCGCAGUAUGUAUGGUGUCCUCCCAGGGACAAACAAUAACACUACUUGUUGAGUCUAACAUGUAGCCAAUUAUAAAGCGAGGUGGCAGAAACAUGGAGGGGAAUUCUAAAUAAAGAAGACAAAACAUCUGGCAUGACG